AUGGGCUGCGCAAUGUCAGCAGAGGAGCGGGCCGCCCUGGCCCGUUCGAAGCAGAUCGAGAAGAAUCUCAAAGAAGACGGCAUUCAGGCUGCAAAGGAUAUCAAACUACUCCUCUUGGGAGCCGGAGAAUCCGGAAAAAGUACCAUCGUUAAACAGAUGAAAAUUAUCCACGACAGCGGAUUCACUCCUGAGGACUUCAAACAGUACAAGCCUGUAGUCUACUCCAACACCAUCCAGUCAAUGGUGGCCAUUUUGCGGGCGAUGCCUUCUCUAAGUAAAUCUUUCACGUCCUACGAGCGAGACGCAGAUGCGAAAAUGGUAUUCGACGUGGUCUCGCGGAUGGAGGAUACCGAGCCAUUCAGUGAAGACUUGCUCGCGGCCAUGAAGCGACUCUGGGUAGACCAAGGCGUUUUGGAGUGCUACGAACGAAACAAUGAGUACCAGCUCAAUGACAGCGCCAAAUAUUUCCUUGAUGAUCUCGAUCGGCUAGGCAAAAAAGACUACAUGCCGUCGGAACAGGAUAUCCUUCGUACGAGAGUCAAAACAACUGGUAUCGUCGAGGUUCAUUUCUCGUUCAAAAACCUCAAUUUCAAACUGUUUGACGUCGGUGGACAACGGUCAGAGCGGAAAAAGUGGAUUCACUGCUUUGAAGACGUAACGGCCAUAAUAUUCUGUGUAGCCAUGAGUGAAUACGAUCAAGUCCUCCACGAAGACGAGACAACGAAUCGGAUGCAAGAGUCACUGAAGCUGUUCGAUUCGAUCUGCAACAACAAGUGGUUCACAGAUACCUCUAUUAUCCUGUUCCUCAACAAAAAGGAUCUCUUCGAGGAAAAGAUCAAGCGGAGUCCGCUGACAAUUUGCUUCCCAGAAUACACGGGGGCGCAAGAAUACGGUGAGGCGGCUGCAUACAUUCAAGCCCAGUUCGAAGCGAAAAACAAGUCAACCAUGAAAGAGAUCUAUUGCCAUAUGACCUGCGCCACUGAUACAACCAACAUUCAAUUCGUGUUCGACGCUGUUACGGAUGUCAUCAUUGCGAACAACUUACGUGGAUGCGGCCUCUAUUAA